CGGCGGCCAUUUUGUCUUGUCGGCUCCUCUUUAGAGGAGGGUUUUCGGCCUGCGAGUGGGCCGGAGGGGUUGGCGGCGGUGUCGCCGGCGUUUUUUUUGGCGGGUGCCAGGGCUGGUGGGAGCAGCCGCCCGAGGAAAGCACCAUGAUUUCGGCCGCGCAAUUGCUGGAUGAGUUAAUGGGCCGAGACCGAAACCUCGCCCCGGACGAGAAGCGCAGCAACGUGCGGUGGGACCACGAGAGCGUUUGUAAAUAUUAUCUCUGUGGUUUUUGUCCUGCGGAAUUGUUCACAAACACUCGUUCUGAUCUUGGUCCAUGUGAAAAAAUUCAUGAUGAAAAUCUACGAAAACAGUAUGAGAAGAGUUCUCGUUUUAUGAAAGUUGGCUAUGAGAGAGAUUUUCUGCGAUACUUACAGAGCUUACUUGCAGAAGUAGAACGUAGAAUUAGACGAGGCCAUGCUCGUUUGGCAUUAUCUCAAAACCAGCAGUCCUCUGGGGCAGCUGGCCCAACAGGCAAAAAUGAAGAAAAAAUUCAGGUUCUGACAGAUAAAAUUGAUGUACUCCUGCAACAGAUUGAAGAAUUAGGAUCUGAAGGAAAAGUAGAAGAAGCCCAGGGAAUGAUGAAAUUAGUUGAACAGUUAAAAGAAGAGAGAGAAUUGCUUAGGUCUACAACCUCGACAAUUGAAAGUUUUGCUGCCCAAGAAAAACAAAUGGAAGUUUGUGAAGUGUGUGGAGCUUUUUUGAUAGUAGGAGAUGCCCAGUCCCGGGUAGAUGACCAUUUGAUGGGAAAACAGCACAUGGGCUAUGCCAAAAUUAAAGCUACUGUAGAAGAAUUAAAAGAAAAGUUAAGAAAAAGAACUGAAGAACCUGAUCGUGAUGAGCGUUUAAAAAAGGAGAAGCAAGAACGAGAAGAAAGAGAAAAAGAACGGGAGAGAGAAAGGGAAGAAAGAGAAAGGAAGAGACGAAGAGAAGAGGAAGAAAGAGAAAAGGAAAGGGCUAGAGACAGAGAAAGAAGAAAGAGAAGUCGUUCCCGAAGUCGGCACUCAAGCCGAACUUCUGACCGAAGAUGCAGCAGGUCUCGGGACCACAAAAGAUCACGAAGUAGAGAAAGACGGCGAAGCAGAAGUAGAGAUCGACGAAGAAGCAGAAGCCAUGAUAGAUCAGAAAGAAAGCAUAGAUCUCGUAGUCGGGAUAGAAGAAGAUCAAAAAGCCGCGAUCGAAAGUCAUAUAAGCACAGGAGCAAAAGCCGGGACAGAGAGCAAGAUGGAAAAUCCAAGGAGAAAGAAAAGAGGGGAUCUGAUGAUAAAAAAAGUAGUGUGAAGUCCAGUAGUCGAGAAAAACAGAGUGAAGACACAAACACUGAAUCAAAGGAAAGUGAUACUAAGAAUGAGGUCAAUGGGACCAGUGAAGACAUUAAAUCUGAAGUGCAGCGUAAGUAUGCACAGAUGAAGAUGGAACUAAGCCGAGUAAGAAGACAUACAAAAGCAUCUUCUGAAGGAAAAGACAGUGUAGUCCUGCAAAACAUUUUGAGGUACAUUGUUUUGUCUCAGCUAUUUUGUAGCAGACUCGUGCCCCCGUUAGUGUGCCUCUUUGGAAAUUAUUGACCACGUUUGUAAUAUAGUCGCCAUUGAAAAGUUAAUUAUCCUUUUUUUAGGGAUUUUGCUGUCAUUUCUUUUUUUUUUUAAUAAAAAGGUUGAACUGUUUUUUUUUUCUUUUUGGUAUUAAGUCCAUCUUGUGUUGGUACAUUGGCAGAGACAUAUGCUUUAAAAACUUAAAUAUUUCUGAGGCACAUGUUGGACUACUUUGUUUUAAUUAAACUGCUAGUAUUUCUUUGUCAAGGAUGUUUCUAGUUUUUUGCUUUAUUGCCUUGCAUUCUAAUGCAGUUUGUUCUGUAACUCGAGAGCCAGUAGCAUUGGAUUGAUGGAAGUGUAGGGUUUAUGAAUUAUUGCAGCUGACUACCAUACCUCACACAGCGUUGGUGUUGUGAGCGGCCCAUGAAAAGCCAAAUUAAAAAUCAAGGAUUCAGUCAAACUAAGCAGGUACUCAUGCCAGGUACUCCUUUCUCUACCCACAUCCAUGUUUGAAUGCUAUUGCCUGUGAUCUUUACGCUUAACUGUUGUGUAUCCUUUUUGUUCUUUACAAGAAGCACAGAGGGGUUUUUUGUGUAUUGUGUGAAAACUUAUAAAUCAAAUGUUAACAGAAUGGAAUUUUUUUUCAACUGUAUGUAGGGAUGCAGUGGUGCCCAGAAUUAGAUAUCUUUAAAGAAUUUUAAAUACAAUAAACACUUCAUAUUAUUCGCCUUGUUACAUUCAAUGCAAUUCUCAAGUCUUUAAGAGGUAUGUGUUUAAUAUUUCCUACUGUGUAGGAGAAUUUGCAGUCCUCCAUAGAUACACAGGAAUAGUCACUGGCUGAUACACUUACAGCAGCAGUGAAUAGUAAGGACAGACACCUUCAAUCUGUGAAAUACAAAGAACGGAUCAACCAUAUAGGAUGAAUUUGGGUUUUUAAAGAACUAUUAAAUUCAGGUUUUAUAAGAGUUCUUAAAACCUGUGAACUGUUCAUUCUUUGGGCUAGUGGCAUGGGAUAAAAUAUUCCUAAUGAAAGGAAGUACAAUUAGUUGAUUUGUCAAUGGCAUUCCUUGUCUAGGACAGUAAUAUAGUGUUAUGUGUGUGAGCCAUUCACACAUAGGCAAGCAUACACAGGCACAUGGCUUUAAGACCGCACUGAUGCCUUGAUAAUUAAAAAGAAUACAAACAAUCCAUAUACAUAUAUUAAUUAGCAGUUAGUGACUGGGCCAACACUUAGUCAUAAAAAUUUGCCUUUUAUGUGUUGUCUAAUUAUCAUUUUUCCCCAAAUUUUGCAUUGUAGGACUACUGUUCGAAGAUUUUUGGAAGAAUACUGAAAACGACAUAAAAUGAAGAUCGACAUUAAAAUGAGGUGAAAGAAAACUAUAGUGGCAUAGAAAAAGUAUAAAGCUCAGUUAGUUGUUUGUUUUUUUUUUUAAUUAAAAAUUAAUUCAGGACUGAUGUGACCUACCAGAUUUCAGAACAUGUGUUAAUAGCAUAUAUAUGCCACUGAAAACUUAGGUCCUGUAUCAUAUUUUUUUCUUUAAGACUUUUUAAGAAAUAUUACUUAACAUGUGGCUUGCUCAGUGUUUAAUUGCAAGUUUUCAUUCUUGGACUUUGAAAACGGGAUUAAACGUUAGUAUUUGUGUGAAUCAGACUAAGUGGGAUUCCAUUUUUACAACUCUGCUAUACCUAGCCUUUGGAUUUAGAAGUGAAAAUAAAGUAUCUCUGACUUUCUGUUACAAAUUUGAUUGUCUCUGUCAUUGAAAAGUUUUAGUAUUAAUCUUUUUCUAAUAAAGUUAUUGACUCUGAA